CUUCUACAUAAGGGGUGGCCAUGAUAGAAGCUUGAAACCACAAUCACCUGCCGACGGCGAUGGCUAUGCAACAGUGGCUUCUGCUGGGCAUCCUGCUAGUCCUCGCCACUUCGUUGGCGCAAACGGCGCCGGCGGCCGCCAAUGACGUACCGGCUAACUUCAACCGAACUGCCUUUCCCAAAAAUUUCUUGUUUGGCGCCGCUUCUUCUGCCUACCAAUACGAAGGGGCAUUCAACAGGGGCAAAUGCAUUUUCGAUACUUACUUCCACAAAUUCCCAAAUAUCACACCAGACAGCAGCAAUGGAGACGUCGGAGACGAUUUCUAUCAUCGUUACAAGGAGGAUAUACAAAGAAUGAAGAAACAGGGAUUGAAUUCUUUCAGAAUGUCCAUCUCUUGGCCCAGAGUGCUGCCUUAUGGAAAGCUAAGUCGAGGUGUGAGCAAAGAAGGAAUAAAAUUUUACAACGAUGUCAUCGAUGAGCUUCUGGCCAAUGGUAUAACACCGUUUGUCACGAUCUUUCAUUGGGAUGUUCCUCAAACCCUUGCAGACGAAUAUGGUGGCUUUUUAAGCUAUAACAUUACGCAUGAUUUUCAAGAUUUUGCAGAGCUAUGCUUUAAGGAAUUUGGUGAUAGAGUGAAGUACUGGCUCACGGUGAAUGAGCCAUAUGUUUUUACUGUGUCGGUUUAUCAGUUGGGUGCACUAGUACCUGAACGGUGUUUGGGAGUGACAUCGCCUGAUUGUCCUACUUCUGAUGCUUCAACGCCUUACACUAUUGGGCACAACAUACUUCUUUCCCAUGCAAAAGCGGUCAGAUUAUACAAAAGAAAAUAUCAGCCAAUUCAAAAGGGAGAGAUAGGGAUAACCUUGGUCACACAAUGGAUGGUGCCCUAUAACAACAAAUCUAACCUCGAUUAUAGAGCUGCUCGGCGUGCACUUGAUUUUAUGUAUGGAUGGUUCUUUCACCCAAUAGUGUAUGGUGACUAUCCACGAGACAUGCGAAAUAUUGUAAGGAAACGAUUACCAAAGUUCACCCCGGAAGAAUCUGCCUCUUUAAGAGGAUCUUAUGACUUUAUUGGACUAAAUUACUAUACUACAAACUAUGCUGCUCAUGUUCCUUUCGACAAUAGUGCACCUGUUAGCUUUGAUGCUGAUCCUCACGCUAAUACUACAACUUCGAGAAAUGGAGUUCCCAUUGGUACUCCGACAGGAGUCACCACUUUCUUCUCUGUUCCAUGGGGACUUAGAGAUCUAUUAAUCUACACUAAAGAGCACUACAAAAAUCCUGUUAUAUACAUUACAGAAAAUGGAAUGGGAGAUUACAACAACCAGACAGUCAAUGAAGGUAUCAAGGAUCCACAAAGAAUAGAUUUCUACUAUCACCAUCUUAUGGCUGUCAAAGAAGCUAUAAGCAAGGGCGUUAGAGUAAAGGGCUACAUAGCAUGGUCAUUUCUCGACACAUUUGAGUGGGGUGCUGGUUUCACCUACAGAUUUGGUCUCAAUUUUGUCGAUUACACUAACAACUUGAAGCGAACUGCCAAGGCCUCAGCUCAUUGGUUUCAAAAAUUCCUCCUUAAAUAGUUUGCUAGAAAUUAGGUUCCAAAUGUGGGCGUAGCUCGCUACUGCCUUCCGUUUGGCAUCCUUGUGUGUAAGGAUUUGGCAUCUUUUCAAUAAGCUGAAGACUAUACUCUUCGGCCUUCUUGAUGUGGUUGAUUAAUGAAUAAAACGUGUUUAGUGUUUACAGUACAAUUUAUUUUUCUUUUUUAUUUUUAUGUAUCAAAUGGUAACAAACUGAAAGGGUUAAUUAAGCCAAU